GCUGGAUUAAGAAAUGUAAAUAAUCGGUGGUUCGGUGAGCGAGUUGAGAAUCCGGUUCAGGUUUAAGCAGAAAACCAAUGUCCUAUAUGAACCGGAAAUCAUAUUUCAACGGCCGGUUAUUGAGUCAAGACUAAAACCCUCUGAGCCGCUUGAAGGGUUCUCUCUUGGACUCUGCCAAAAACCUAAGCUUCUCUAACUCUCCGAAUCUUUUUUACCGAUCUUCUUCUCCAGCAGCUAUAAUCCGGCGACGUUUCACACCACCUGGACAAACCUCCUGUUGAUGUUUCGGACAAGUAUUGGUUCCAGAGCCUUAGCAUUGCCACCAAGAUCCUUCAACUAUCUCUCGCGUUCAUCAAUUCGAAUGGAGAAUCUUACCUUUUCUUCCGAAGCCGGUGCGAAGCCAAGAGGUGCAUUGAUAGUCGUAGAAGGACUUGACCGCAGCGGAAAGUCAACGCAAUGCGCUAAGCUACGCUCUUUCUUGGAGAGUUCAGGGCAUCCGACCGAGCUCUGGAGGUUUCCCGACAGAGAGACAAGCGUCGGUCAUAUGAUAUCCGCGUAUCUAUCUAAUAAGUCGCAGUUGGAUGAUCGCACCAUCCAUCUCCUUUUCAGCGCCAAUCGUUGGGAGAAAAGGUCGUUGAUGGAGGAGAAGCUGAAGACAGGAACUACGCUUAUCGUUGAUCGUUAUUCCUACUCUGGCGUGGCUUUCUCAUCAGCUAAAGGUCUUGGGAUCGAGUGGUGCAAGGCGCCGGAAGUUGGAUUGCUGGCUCCGGAUUCUGUGCUUUACCUUGACAUCUCACCUGAGAGAGCUGCGGAGAGAGGUGGAUAUGGAGAUGAGAGGUACGAGCGUGUUGAUUUUCAGAGGAAAGUUUCUGAGUUUUAUCAAACUCUGCGUGAUUCUUCAUGGAAGAUUAUCGAUGCAGGUGAAACUAUGGAGGAAGUAGAGAAGAAGAUUCAACAAGUGGUGUUGGAUAAAGUUAAAGAGUGUGCUCAAGGAAAGUCUCUUUCUCUCCUCUGGUCAUCUUAGAUGAUUUUUAACCAAUCCACUCUUGUAGAAUGUUUGUGUCAUGGCGAUUAUACCAAACUUGUGAUUUUGAAAACUUACACGUAUUUUGCAUAAUUUGUUUACGUUGAGAAGUGCUGAUUGGUGAAUACUCUUUUAAGUGUAACUAUGGUGUCCACUUACAGGAAGAACAUACCAAUUAAUGUUCACUAGAGAGAAUGACAACUUAAUGAUAGUGAAUCAGUGAUUAUUAAGUUAUGUUCCAUCUCAAAACUAUACUGUCUUAUUGAAAAUAUCCAAUCUUAUUUACCACCCUUUUA